UGGGCGCUGCAACAAAAAGGUUGCAGUGCAUCCUCGCCUUUCAGUAUCCGUGCUUUGGGAGCGUUCCUAGCCAUGCCCUCGUACAGAGUUCUGUAAAGUGAAAGUGACCAAUUCAGCAAGAGAGCUCCACUUCCUCUCUCUGAUUUUUCCAAACCCCCCCCCCAUUUUUUUUCUUUUCUAAUGUAUGGUGGUGUCAUGGAACAAGCAAAACCUUUUGUGGAAUUGGCUGUAACGUCGGCUCUUGGAAUAAUACACAAUAAGAAUUCGAUGUCCUGCGCCUCCUUUCUGUUGUCUAUUGCUUAUUUAGAUUUGUUUAUAACCCCCUCAGAUUUUUUUAAAUUAAGUUUUUAGUGGUGCACGUUGUACUUCUGCAAACGCCAGGGACUCCCUUUUGCCUGUGGAUGGGCUCCUUUUAAACUACCGGCAUCUAUUUUGGUUUUGCAUUCUGUGGGUGCACAUCAGGUUAUCUUUUGAACCAGCACCAUGGGGUCGGAGAGCUUCAUGAUUCUUUAUGAGGAUAACUCGGUAGAAGUGCACUAUACAGAUGGGUCCAAAUUGCUCCUUUCUCCUUGUGGGUCUGAGUUCUUGUUUGAAAAGGCCGUUCCUGCUUCUGCCCAUCCAAUUCAGCCACCAGAGAGGGUUCGUCAGAGGACACCGUUUGCUAUUAGCAUAUAUCGGGAUCAGAUUUUGCAAGCAAUAGAUUUCCGGAAUGUGUAUUCUAGUCGUCCCUAUUUGCCUUCACGUAUUAUACCUACUGAAAGGAAAAAUGUUAACUUCACAGAUAUCUCUGAAGCUAAGUGGCCCAGUCAUCAUAACACUGAAGGGAUGAUAUUUCAAAACGGCACCGUGACAGUCUCUUCUUUAGACAAUCAUGCGCGUCUUUUUCUGCCAGAGCUUCAGGAAGAAUUUAUAGUUCAGUUUUUGUGCAAAGUUAGCCAGACGUUACCCACACCGCUACCAUUUUCAGAGGAGAGCUGCGAUAAAUCAGUCCAGGACUGUGGUGACAGAUCAAGUAAAGGUUCUCUCUUAAAACUAUCUUCUAAGCAGGUGAGAACUGAAGGGGAGGAUAAUGUCCCUUCUAAGAGUGGAGAAGUUGCUAAGCAAGAUGGCAAAUCAAGCAAUGUGCAGAAGGACGAGACCUUGGCACCUUUUGAAACUUGUUCAUCUGAAUAUUCCUGGGUUACUCAGCAGAUGCCUGUUUCCUCCUGCCCUGAAGAAUGGAAGUACCCUUUGUCGCUGGCAUUAAUGUUUCACCAAUCACAUAGUUAUGCAACGGAGUCGGACAAAAGCAACAAAACCAGCGAGAGCAUUGCGCUUGGUAUUUCAGAGUGUGAGGAGUCUGUGGCAGUCACUCCUUUGCCUUCGGCUUUACCACUCAGUUGUCAGGCUCCGUACCUUCACAGGUGGAAUUUCAGUGAUUUUUUCCAACACAAACAGGAAGACGAAGGACAUCAUCUGCAUUCUCAGCCAGUCAAAGUAUUAUGGAGCAAUGGUGUCAUUUACAGGUUUUCUCUUGGGACUAAAAGUGUAGAAAUUUAUCCUGGUGAUGGAUCAGUUUUUAAGUCAGAAGGCUCUUUUCUGGGAAAAUAUUUCAGUCACUGUUAUAUUCAAGAGCAAACAAAACAGAGACAGGAAAUGAUGUAUUCUGUAAGCAAUCUACCACCUGAUACACCUGGGAGCAUCUACUCUGUCGGUGCCAUUAUUACACAAGCACUAAGAGUUCUUCUACAUGAUCUUGAGAACAUGCUUUCAUUAACCCAUAAUUACAGCAUCUGCUGCUGGCAGAUGUCGCCUGAGACUCACGGAGGAGAAAGGCUUCCCAUUCCCUUGGCUGAAAAGGUUAUUCCUAAUGUAGGAAGGUUCUUUGCCUAUUCGGAUAACAAAGUGCAUGCUGUCUUUAACGAUGGGAUGACCUUGAACAUGGUGUGGGAUUUCAUUUCCCACAAUGCAAAAACACAGAAAUCUGAAGAGGCUAACACAGGCUGGUGUAAAAUGAUGUCUCCAGGAGGAGCACAGCAACUUGUGCAGAUAAAUUCUCCAGGAAUCUAUGAAAGGUACAUCACCAUAGCGGUAGAAUGGUGCAGAAGCUUGAACAACGACGCAUACACGGCCGCACCACAAACUGUUCCUGAACCUGAAGAAAACUGGUCAGUUGCUGCUGAACUUGAAAAAAUAAAAAGAUUCAACUUUUUAGUGGAGAACAGCAAUAUUCCACGUACAGUUACCACGGUAAAAAGAAAUCCAUGUUUCAACACAGUAAAGGGAAACAGUCCAGAGGAAAUGCAUAUGCCUAACCUUCUUGGUGAAAAGAACAUAGCUGAAACUUUGGAAAAAACCUCAAAGGUUAUCAGUGAUAUUGACUCUCUUUUAGCUUCCUGCACAAAGCAAAACAUGGUGAAAAGUUUCUCAAAUAAUACUCUCCUUCACUAGCCAAACCAAGGAGGCAGAAGAAAAUUAUUGCUCCACGGUCAGGCAAGAGAGUUAAUUGUUUGAUCUGAAGGACAGCUGAUCAAAUUGUAAUAUAUGUGUCUGUGUUUGUGUGUGUGGCCAAAAAUGAGAGGACUUCUCAUUUUUGUAAUGGCAAGUGUAACUCCAGUGAAUGUCCCUGUAUUGGAUUAAAUUUAAAUUCUUGUU